AUGCGCUUUUCUUGUCCUCGCAAUUUCUUCGCCACCAUGGCAUCGGGCAUUACCUCUCAAGCCACAUCAAGUCACUCCGGAGAGACGGAGUGCGACACUCCCUUGGACUCUACUUUGGCCUUAUCAUUCCAAGGUUACAGGAUCGACAUGCAUGUAGAUGCCGUGAAUUCUUUGCCUACGGGUAUUUGGCAGAUACUAAGUUCAACAAAUCGCUACCCAGAAUCCAGAAACUUUAGGAACAUUGACUUUGUCUAUUGCCUUCCUUACCCUCCAAAGUAA